CCCCUCUUUUCAGAUAAAAAGGGGUGGAGAAUGUAAAGAGAAAACUGAAAGUAAAAAACUGUAGAAAAAGUUUUUGAGACAAAGAGUUACUGGGAGUUAUCUGUCCAACACAGACACAUUAUCAAGCUGCUACUCCCCAGUCUAGCCAGGAUCAAUCUGCAGUCAUGGAGACAAAGCAGUAUGGUGCCCAAUUUGUGGAUGAUAACAUGGAAAAACUUGUUCAAAGGAUUACCAUGGUGAUGCCAAUAGCAGAUGGCCUAUACCAGAAGAAAAUGAUCCAUGAUGAGGAUUACUAUGAAAUCACUGCGGCCCAAACCAGUAUGUCAAAGAUGAGAAAGCUGUAUGUGGCCCUGAAACCAGGAGGAGUGGUGGCUAAAUCAGCCUUUUACAAAAUUCUACUGGAACAACAAUCUCUUCUAGUCGAAGAACUGGGUGGGGUUGGCCAGAAAUGAAGUCAUAACUUGAGCGGCUUCUACAGUCAUGGUCUGGACUUCUAGGAACCUGCUGGCCCACUGCUCACUUUUUUCCAAAUCUUACUGUUGUCUCCCAACCACGUAUAUGUUUAAAUCUCACACAUUACAUCAGAAAUAGUGGUCCUAUCACACCACUGUUGUCAAACAACAAUUUGUAACAAAAUAAAUAGUGUUUUUUAAAUUAAUCACAUCACGUCUUUUCCUGGUUGCUUAAUUGUUCAGAUUGCAUACGGAAGACAGCGUACUAGGACCCGGUCUGGGAUUUGCCACCAGUCAAGAGAAGUCAUACAAAAACCUUGACAUCUGAAUCUUUAAUGGUUUUACUAUAUUCGAUUUUGAAAAACAGUAUGUUGGAAACACAGGAGGCUGGUGAGGAGAGGACGGCUCAUAAUAAGGGCUGGAAUAGAGUAAAUGGAAAAAAAUCUAAAACCUUGAAACCAUGUGUUUGAUGUGUUUGAUACCAUUCCAUGAAUUCAAUUCCAGCCAUUACUAUGAGCCCGUCCUGCCCAAUUAAGGCGCCACCAGCCACCUGUGGUGGGAAUACUGCCCAUGUCUCACCAUUAUGCUUGUGAAACAUAUUCAUUUGAAACAUUUUAUUGUGAUCCAACAGUACACCUGUGAAAUAUAAGAGUUAGCCAAUGUGAUGAGUGUUCAAGUCCAGGUGGUGGAUAGGAUGAGUUUUUCCUCACAGUGUAAAGGUGCUCUUUAUUCUACAAAAAAUCUAUGUGUAAACACACAUCAUCCCUACAUUAUAUCUGUCUUCUAUCACCUUAGAGACCAGUAUUCACAAGCAGCACAUGGAGAAUAUCCUUUGCUACUUUAAUGUUCUUGUUUUUUAAUAUGUGAUAUCAUCUGCAGGUAUUGUGAUUGCUGCAUAAGUAAUUGCCUCUGAGGACAAAGUUAUCUGCAUCUAAAACUGACCUGUAUUAACUCUGAUCACCACUAGAUGGUUGUCACUGACCAGAUUAUGUAGAAUUACAUUACUAUCCAGAAAAGUAAAUGUGUAUUUGGUAUAGAAUAGAUAUGUUGUAUUUGGUGAAGCCUGUAGACCUGAGACCAGUGGGGUAGUCUGCAAAGCAGGAUCAAUUAUUUCUGAGAUAGACCAACGUGCUCUGAAAUAAACAUGUCAUUACAUGUCUGUAUAUAAAGUCUUAACUGUGCACUUGGAACUCCACCCCCUCUUUUCAGAUAAAAAGGGGUGGAGAAUGUAAAGAGAAAACUGAAAGUAAAAAACUGUAGAAAAAGUUUUUGAGACAAAGAGUUACUGGGAGUUAUCUGUCCAACACAGACACAUUUGAUCUACAAUGGCCACACCCGUUCCACAGCGGCUGCUGGCUACCCUAGAGAAACUAGACAAGGCUACAUUUGAGACCUUCCAGUGGAACCUGAUGGAGGAAACACUCGAAGGCUUCAAUCCCAUGUCAAUCGCCAAUCUAGAGGAUGCUAGCAGGCACAAGACAGUGAGUAAGAUGGUGCAGGCCUAUAAGAAAGAAGGUGCUAUGAAAAUCACCCAGAAGAUCCUGGAGAACAUGGGAAUAAUUGAUUUAGCAGAUAAGUUAAAGACAGAUGUCGAAAAAGAUCAAGCUGCUACUCCCCAGUCUAGCCAGGAUCAAUCUGCAGUCAUGGAGACAAAGCAGUAUGGUGCCCAAUUUGUGGAUGAUAACAUGGAAAAACUUGUUCAAAGGAUUACCAUGGUGAUGCCAAUAGCAGAUGGCCUAUACCAGAAGAAAAUGAUCCAUGAUGAGGAUUACUAUGAAAUCACUGCGGCCCAAACCAGUAUGUCAAAGAUGAGAAAGCUGUAUGUGGCCCUGAAACCAGGAGGAGCGGUGGCUAAAUCAGCCUUUUACAAAAUUCUACUGGAACAACAAUCUCUUCUAGUCGAAGAACUGGGUGGGGUUAGCCAGAAAUGAAGUCAUAACUUGAGCGGCUUCUACAGUCAUGGUCUGGACUUCUAGGAACCUGCUGGCCCACUGCUCACUUUUUUUCCAAAUCUUACUGUUGUCUCUCAACCAUGUAUAUGUUUAAAUCUCACACAUUACCUCAGAAAUAUUGGUCCUAUCACACCACUGUUGUCAAACAAUAAUUUGUAACAAAAUAAAUCAUGUAUUUUCCUGGUU